AUGGCGAACAGCAACCUACUCAGCCGGAUGAGCACGCCUCGGGAUCUGCCAGAAUUCUCAGGUGACCCAAUGGAAUGGUUGUUGUUCAAGCAGGCUUAUCAGGAAUCAACAAAUUUAUGUAAAUUCACCGAUAAAGAGAACACAUGGAGGCUGCGAAAAUGCCUACGUGGUGCCGCCAAGGAGUCGGUGGCAUCAUUGUUUAUAAGUGCCACGUCACUAGAGAGGCUGUACGAGCAGUGGGGCGACAGGAACAUCUUCAGGGCUUCAGUAUCGUCUCCAGCAUCCUUUCAAAGCUCCCUUCCGUUCUCAUUGGAAAAUGGACGGACUACAGCUACAACCGCAUCAAGGAAGGGCAAGUUGGAAACUAAUGAUAAUACAACGGAAACAUCACCAAAUAUGCAGCAUAACUGCGUUCUUACGACUUACUGUGAUAAAGAAAAUGCUCAACCGUUUCAUAACUCGUUACGUGAGAAAUGUUUCGAUAUACCGUCGACCGAAAAUAAUAUAUUGGAGCCCAAAAUGACUUCUUCUUCAAGUAGAUCUUCAUCGUCAUCUUCUUCUUCUGACAGUAGCAGCAGUAGCACCGAUACUGGUAAAGGUAAACCAAAUAUCCAUUUACCCGUAGAUGAGCCUUCGACAUCUAACAGAACUGGCAGAAUUAUCAGCCAAAAUAAAAAGAAUUACCAUCAAUCACCAAUUCAUUCGGAUGAAAGUGAUGUCGAUAUAAGUGACUCAGAUCCGACGUACACUAUCGGUAGACCUCAAUCUAGAAGAAGUAUUCAUUUGUCAAGAUCCAGUAGCAGUUCUUCAUCUCCUGAUAACAAUACUUUACAUGUAACUGAUAGUAGUUCGAAAAGACAAUCUCGGAAACGAAUUCGGAACCCAGCAAACUGGAAGCAAAAUAUUGCUUAG